AAUUUUACACUUCAUUUAAGAUAGGUUGGUCAGUAACUGCAGUGAGCUUGGCCGAACGGCCGGAACUAGUAGUAUUGAAAUCCGAGAGUUUAUUAUUGUGUUGUGAUAAACAGGUUUUGUGGUUAGUGAGAUGCGCGUUUAAAAUUCACUUUAAAAUGUUUCGUAUUCGUAUUAAAACGGUCUCAGCUUUUAAAUAUAUGAGCACAAAGGAUUCUCCAUACACAAUUUGUGAUGUCCCUCGUCCAAAAAAUUUGCCGCUUAUUGGAACUAAAUUAGAUCUUUUCGUAGCUGGAGGCGGAGCUAAACUUCACGAAUAUAUUGAUAAUCGCCAUAAAGAACUGGGCCCUAUAUUUUGUGAAAAAUUAAGCACAUCGGAAUUGGUGUUUAUAAGUGAACCUAAAUUGAUGAAAUCGCUCUUUUUGAGAAUAGAAGGAAAAUACCCUAUACAUAUUUUGCCAGAACCUUGGGUGCUAUACGAAAAGUUACACGGUUCAAAAAGAGGUUUAUUUUUUAUGGAUGGCGAAGAAUGGUUAACUAAUAGAAGAAUUAUGAACAAACACUUGCUUCUUGAUGACCCUGACAAAUGGUUAGAAGAGCCUCUAAAGAUGACCAUUACAUCGUUUAUUAACGAGUUAAAUAACAAAAUCGAUAGCAAAACCGCACAUAUUAUACCCAAUUUGGAAUCCGACCUUUACAAACUGUCAACUAAUGCAGUAAUAGCAGUUUUAAUGGGAUCAUCUUCAAAAGUACAAAAAAGUAUGCACUUUAAUGAACUUUUAUGUAAAUUUUCGGAUACAGUAAAAGGAAUUUUUGAAACGACUACGGCGCUAUUUGGAUUACCAGUUAAUAUCUGUCAAAAACUAAAUCUGCCCGUCUGGAAAGAUUUCAAGGAAUGUGUUGAUGAAUCUCUCAUAUUGGCACACAAACUAAUAAAUGAAAUGUUGGAUCAUAGAAACCAAAGUGAUGGUUUGAUAAAAAAAUUAAGCGACGAAAACAUAACAGACGAAAAUAUUAUAAGAAUAGCAGCGGAUUUUGUUAUGGCUGCAGGAGAUACGACUUCAUAUACGACAUUGUGGACGAUGCACCUUUUAUCAACGCAUAGAGAAGUCACGGAUGAAAUAUUACACACCAAUGGUACAUACGUAAAGAACGUAAUAAGAGAAUCAAUGCGACUCUAUCCAGUAGCUCCGUUUUUGACCAGAAUUCUCCCUAAAGAUAGCUUUAUAGGACCAUACAAAUUGCAGCAAGGCGUUCCUGUGAUAGCAUCUAUCUAUACCUCGGGCAGAGAUGAGAAGUACUUUAGCAGAGCCAAUGAGUUCUUACCGUACCGCUGGGACAGGAAUGACGCGAGGAGGAGCACUCUGGCCAACCACGAGCCUUCUGCAUCAUUGCCUUUUGCUAUGGGAGCCAGAUCCUGUAUAGGAAAGAAGAUGGCUAUGAUGCAAAUGACAGAAUUUAUAAAGCAGCUGGUGCAUAACUUCCAUAUUCAUCCUUCGGAAGAAAGUAAUAAGGUGAAAGCUGUUACUUCGGGAGUAUUAGUGCCGGACAGACCACUGAAACUAGCACUUUCUCAGCGCAAAUAAAACAACUAACUGUAUGUAACAUACCUAGCCAUGUUAAACUAUAUUAAUAUUAUGUUUGUAAUACAAAUGAACUCAAGUUAUUUA